ACAGAGGGUCCCGCCCCGGUGACGUCACUUCCGUAAACAAAGGGCGCUGUGGAGGCGCCGGUCCCAGGCUGCUGACCCGGCUUGGCGAUCCCGGGCUCUUGCUGCAGCUGUAGCAGAGGCUUUGGACGCUCUCGGACCCUUCCCCGUGAAGGAAGGGGGAUCGCAGCCUCUUCCUCCGGUCAUACGAAGCUGGUGUUGAUGCGUCGAAGAACUUAAAACAAUGGAAGAGCGGAAAGUGAAGAGGAAGAGCCCCAAGUCUUUCAGUGCCCACUCUACUCAGGUUGUUAAUGCCAAAAAAAAUGCCAUCCCAGCGAGUAAAAGCACAGGCUUUUCAAAUCCCACGGCACAGUCAACUUCCCAGCGGCCAAAGUUAAAGAGAGUGAUGAAAGAGAAGAACAGACCGCAAGCAGGAGAAGGGAAGGGGGCUCAGUCCACCCCCAUCCAGCACUCCUUCCUCACGGACGUCUCCGAUGUCCAGGAGAUGGAGCGCGGCCUCCUCAGUCUGCUGAAUGAUUUCCACUCUGGAAAGCUGCAGGCGUUCGGAAAUGAAUGUUCCAUAGAACAGAUGGAGCAUGUCCGGGGAAUGCAGGAGAAAUUAGCUCGCUUGAACUUGGAGCUGUAUGGGGAGUUAGAGGAGCUGCCCGAGGAUAAGCGGAAAGCGGCCAGCGAUGCCAACCUGGACAGACUUCUGUCUGACGGGGCUGAGAAGCUGACUCAGCGACUAAAAGUACUUGCUGCUCUUGCAGAGGACCCAGAAUCUGUUGCCAGCACCCACAUGGCGGCCCUCGACCGUCUGUAGCUCCAGUUCCGGAGAUCUGAAGCCGUCCUCUGGCCUCUGAGGGCACACCUCUGUGGUGCACAUGCUUACAUGCGGGCAAAACACUCAUACCCAUAAAAUAAAAAUAAAUAAAUCUUUCCAGCCUUCUUUAGGGAGCUAGGGAGAGGGCUCAGUCAGUCAAGUUCUUGCUGCUCCAGCGUGAGGGCCUGAGUUCAGAUCCUCAGUGCCUGGAGAGGUGGGGAUACGAAGAUCUCUGGGCUUACUGGCCACCCAUUCUUGCUGAAUUUGUGAGCUCCAGGUUUGGUGAGAGAUCCUGUCUCAGAAAACUAAGGUGGAGAACAAUUGAGGAAGACACGAAACGUUGACCUCUGGCUUGCACGUGUGCAGAUGCACACACUUGCACGUGUGCACGUACAAAACCUUUGUAGAACAAAGGGAAAUAAAUAAAAACUGACUUCAGCGUAUUUUAGCUUCAUAUUCAUAGCUUGUCAUUGUUCACCAGUGACAAGAGUUUUUUUCUGCUGCUUUUCUUCACUCUUUUUUUUUUUUUUUUUAAUUUAAAUAAAUAUGAGGCAGCUGUCAACACAGGGUUUCCCGAUGUAGUUCAGGCUUUCUUGGAAGUCAUUCUGUAGACCAGGCUGGCCUCAAACUCAGCCAACCUCCUCUGCCUCCUAAGUGCUGGGAUUAAAGGUCUGCGCCACCUCCUCCUGGUGUCUACCCACGCUCUUCAAGCUUUAAGCCUAGAAGAUUAGCAGUGCAUGCUUGUAAUCCGAGCACUUGGGAACUGGAUGAGGAGGAACAGGAGUUCAAGGUUAGCCUCAUGUACAUGAGACCUCUCGCAGAAACAAACAAAAAUCCCUUCAAGCCUGUUCUUUUAAACGUCAAGUCUGCCAUAUAACAUUCAGUGUCACAAGUUCAUGCUUUGUGCUUUAUUUCUAUUAAAUAGAAGCUUAAUUUCUGCACUUUUGGUGCAUUUAGGAAAAUGCUGUAUCUGGGCAAAAAAGACACUGAAUUUGAAGCCAGGAGGCAUAGUGCAAGGCUCACAUCAGUGUUCUUCUUGGUAACAGUGAACUUCGUUACCAAGUCUAGUUAACCUACCUACUUACCUUCUUUUCUUUUUGAAACUGUUUUGAGUUACUGGAGAUUAAGCCGAGGGCCUCAUGAAUGCAAGACAAGCACUCCACCACUAAGCUACAGACUCAGCAUUUCUGUACUUUAUAUUUCUCCAUCUAAAGUUAAAGAUAGUGUGGUCUGAAUGUCUGUAUCCUUCUAGAAAUCAUACUUUCAAGUUCUCCCCCUGAAGGCGGUGCACCAAGAGACAGGUCUUUGGAAGGUAAUUAGGUCAAGAGCGAGUUUAGUAUCCUGGGAAAAGAGGCUGGAAAGAGACACCCCACUGCUUCCCUUUUGUGAGGACAUAGUACAAGGUGCUGUUCUGUUAGCCAGACACGGGCUCUGUUGGCUUCUUAAUCGUGGAUGGCUGGUCUCGAGAGCCAUUAGAAGUGGGUUUUUCUACAAACCACUAAUUUAAUGAUAUUUUGUUAGAGACUCUUUCAGAAAGGAAUAACAAACAGUAGAGAUUACUGCCAUUAUAGGUGAUUCUAAGAACACUUGCACAGCUCUAGUCUUCAGCAUUUGCUUCCCCUCUAAGUUCUUCCAUUCAGGCUGCAGCUACUUCAUAGUUAUUUUAUAAAAAGGAAUUUCUCAACCUAGAAAAUUUAAAAAUUUUAGAUAAUUUGCUCAUUCAGUUAAAGAAAACCUACAUGAAGCUAUUUUAAAACAUGGUUUACAGUGACCUACUAAUAUUUAUCUUGUCAAAACUAAUAUUCAAUUUGUUUCUUUGUGUUGCAGUUAGAAGAAUUGAAUUCUUCUAUACAGAAGCUGCAUUUGGCAGACGCGCAGGAAGUUCCCAAUCCGUCCACCAGCUAACGCGGCGGCGCGUGCAGCCUGCUCUGGGGGAUUCGCAGAGAAGCGGCAGCCAUUGCUUUUCCAGCCGAGUCCUGUCGCACAAUCAUCUUCCCCAACAACAUUCAAGUGCUGAGAGCGCAAGUGCAGUGAUUGUGUUCACACGCCCGCCCGCCUGCCCGCGCUUCUAGUCCACGUGCUUGCUGUAAUUCCCCCUGCGGAGGGCGUGGCCUGGCUGCAGGUCGGUCCGGAAGUGGGAUGCAGUGGGAUGCGGAGUGUGCUGCUGAGUUUUCUUCUGUUGCCUUAAGGUUCUACUUGAAAUGCUCUGUGCUAAACCUUCGGUGGGGCUGAAGGAUGUGCCCUGCGACCACCACACCGGCCGAGUCCUGGUCACACGGUGGCGGUGCACGGGCCUCCUGUGGCAGCCCAGCUUUCAGUUUACGUCAGACAAUCAGUACACACGCAGGUGUGUUUGCCAAUGGCCAGUGACAAAUGUUUAAUAAGUAUUUGUGAGAUUCGCUAUUUUUAAUAAAGUGGUUGUUUUAAAUGA